UCCGCCCGCGCCCAGCCCUGGCCGCUCCGGGCAGACGAUGCUGAAGAUGCUCUCAUUUAAGCUGCUGUUGCUGGCCGUGGCUCUGGGCUUCUUUGAAGGAGAUGCUAAGUUUGGGGAAAGAAGUGAAGGGAGCGGAGUGAGGAGGAGAAGGUGCCUGAAUGGGAAUCCCCCAAAGCGCCUGAAAAGGAGAGACAGGCGGAUGAUGUCCCAGCUGGAGCUGCUGAGUGGGGGAGAGAUGCUGUGCGGUGGCUUCUACCCUCGACUGUCCUGCUGCCUGCGGAGUGACAGCCCGGGGCUGGGGCGCCUGGAUCACAAGAUAUUUUCUGUUACCAACAACACAGAAUGUGGGAAGUUACUGGAAGAAAUCAAAUGUGCGCUUUGCUCUCCACAUUCGCAGAGUCUGUUCCACUCACCUGAGAGAGAGGCCCUGGAAAGAGACCUAGUACUUCCCCUGCUCUGCAAAGAUUAUUGCAAAGAAUUCUUUUAUACGUGCCGAGGCCAUAUUCCAGGUUUCCUUCAAACAACUGCUGAUGAGUUUUGCUUUUACUAUGCAAGAAAAGAUGGUGGGUUGUGCUUUCCAGAUUUUCCGAGAAAACAAAUCAGAGGACCAGCAUCCAACUACUUGGACCAGAUGGAAGAGUAUGAAAAAGUGGAAGAGAUCAGCAGAAAGCACAAGCACAACUGCUUCUGUAUUCAGGAGGUUGUGAGCGGGCUGCGCCAGCCUGUCAGCGCCCUGCACAGUGGGGAUGGCUCACAGCGGCUCUUCAUUCUGGAAAAAGAAGGUUACGUGAAGAUACUCACCCCUGAGGGAGAAAUUUUCAAGGAGCCUUAUUUGGACAUUCACAAACUUGUUCAAAGUGGAAUAAAGGGAGGAGAUGAAAGAGGACUGCUAAGCCUUGCAUUCCAUCCCAAUUACAAGAAAAAUGGAAAGCUCUAUGUGUCUUAUACCACCAACCAAGAACGGUGGGCUAUCGGGCCUCAUGACCACAUUCUCAGAGUUGUGGAGUACACAGUAUCCAGAAAAAACCCCCAUCAGAUUGAUUUGAGGACUGCCAGAGUGUUUCUCGAGGUUGCGGAACUCCACAGAAAGCAUCUCGGAGGACAGCUGCUCUUCGGCCCGGAUGGCUUCCUGUACAUCAUUCUCGGUGACGGGAUGAUCACGCUGGAUGACAUGGAAGAGAUGGACGGAUUAAGUGAUUUCACAGGUUCGGUGCUCCGGCUGGACGUGGACACUGAUAUGUGCAAUGUGCCGUAUUCCAUCCCGAGGAGCAAUCCGCACUUCAACAGCACCAACCAGCCUCCCGAAGUGUUUGCCCACGGCCUCCACGAUCCAGGCAGAUGCGCUGUGGAUCGACACCCCACUGAUAUAAACAUCAAUUUAACAAUACUUUGUUCAGACUCCAAUGGAAAGAACAGAUCAUCAGCCAGAAUCCUACAGAUAAUCAAGGGGAAAGAUUACGAAAGUGAGCCAUCACUUUUAGAAUUCAAACCAUUCAGUAAUGGUCCUUUGGUUGGCGGAUUUGUUUACCGAGGCUGCCAGUCUGAAAGACUGUAUGGAAGCUACGUGUUUGGAGACCGUAAUGGGAAUUUCUUAACUCUCCAGCAAAGUCCUGGGACCAAGCAAUGGCAAGAAAAACCACUCUGUCUUGGCAACAGUGGUUCCUGUAGAGGUUACUUUUCAGGUCACAUAUUGGGAUUCGGAGAAGACGAAUUAGGCGAAGUUUACAUUCUAUCAAGUAGUAAAAGUAUGACCCAGACUCACAAUGGAAAACUCUACAAAAUUGUGGAUCCCAAAAGACCUCUGGUGCCUGAGGAAUGCAGAGCGGCAGUACAACCUGCCCAGAUGCUCACGUCAGAGUGCUCCCGGCUCUGUCGGAAUGGCUACUGUACCCCCACAGGAACGUGCUGCUGCAGCCCCGGAUGGGAAGGGGACUUCUGCAGAAUCGCAAAAUGUGAGCCAGCAUGUCGUCAUGGAGGCGUCUGUGUUAGGCCGAACAAAUGCCUCUGUAAAAAAGGAUAUCUUGGUCCUCAAUGUGAACAAGUGGACAGAAACAUCCGCAGAGUGACCAGGGCAGACAUCACCUAGAUGAAACACCUUUACCCUGUCCUGUAAAAUACUAAAGUUACAUUUUUCACCAACUUAAUUGGAAAGAAGGGGAGUGAGAAAGCAAACAGCUUUAAUGUGCUGUGGAUCUAAUCUAGCAAUGUAUCCUUGUGCCAACAUGUAAUCAUUAACGACGGAUGAAAAAGCAAGAAAACAGCCAAUCCUUAUAAAAUUCCAGCAUUAAACAUUUGUAAAGUGCUUUUCACUAUAGCAAGACUGUCAGAGUAUAUGUGAUUAGAAUGUUGCAGAUUGCAUACUCAAUUGAACCUCACUGGAGAAGAGCUCACUCGUUUUUAACAAAUCUUAGCUAUGUAAGCUGUCACUUGUACAAAUUUUUAAUAUAAUAAUUUGCUUGCCAAAUAUGACUUUCCGUGUAUAUGUUCCUUCAGAACUCAAUGGAAAUCCUUUUUGGUUCAUGUACGAAUAAAUUUCUGUAAAUGUUCUGUUCAGGUUUUGAAAGAAAUGCUAUGUUCUAACUUAAAACUGCAAACAGUCUUAUAGACAUUUUUCUUAAUGGUUUUCAAGGCCAGCUCUCCAUGUUUGGAUUAUAACAAAAUUAUACGGCCUCCUUGCACUACUGAAAAAACAUCUACCCAUGACACACGCACACCCACGAUAGGUGGUCCUUCUGUAAACAUCUGUUCCCCCAGAAUCGAAAUUGGAGAAUAGUAUAGAUUAUGCAGCACAGGCUGACUUUCCAAACCUGCUCCUUACUUUUAGGAACACGAACCUCAAUUAAAAAGAAUAAAAUCUUGUAACUAGUAUUUCUCUAUUGUUUUAAAGCAGGAGAUUUGCAAUUAAAGCACAGAGAGCAUUUAUAUAGAAACCACAAUGUAGAAAGAUUGGUUAAGUACACUGCCCUUGUCUUCCAUAUAUGAUUACUUAAGUUUCAAGUGACCUCAUGCCAAAUGGAAAUGGGUUGAGAAAUCUUGGUUCAGUGCUUAGUGAACAAUAGCCUGCAUUAAAAAGUGCAUGCAUAAUUUUGCACAAUUUAGAUUCAAUUGACAGUCCAUUCAAAGAAGUCUCAGGAUUAAAUGAGCAUGGAGACCAAAUUGCCCUCUUACCCCAGAAAAGGGGUGGUCCCUUCUAGUCACACUAACACUUCAUUGGCCCAACAGUGUGACAAAUCUUGCAAUGAACCCUGCAGUAGCCUGCAUCUGUAGGUUAAUAGCAGGCUUUUGUCUCCAUUGCUUUCUCUUCAUAGCCCUUUUACUGAAUUCCAUCACAGAAAGUUUUACAAUUUAAAAAAAAAAUGUCCUGACAACCAUUUUUGUAAAUGGACCUUACCAUCUAAUCAUCCCUUAUUCAGCGUGGGUGACAUUAACAGAAUGUGAACCUCUUGUGAGGGAGCCAGCUGUCUAAAUCUGUCAAAUUGUGCAGUUUUAUUACACAUUCUCCUGUUCAUAGUUUCACUGAAAACAACAAGGAUACUGCUGUAUAUUCGGCAAAAUCUAAAAAAAACAGCGUUUCUUCUUACAGUCUUAAUCUUUCCAUCUCUUCCAAAAUAAAAGGUGUUAUAUUGCCAUUAGUUCUCCUAUUUAAAAUAUCUAUAUGAAAUUGACCAGACCCAGAUUUUUUAUAUAGUCCUUUCCCAAGUGAAAGCUUCAAAUGACUUAGAAAAACAUAUGUACCCCAGGUGUCACUGCCUUUUCUAUUGUGAGUCAUUAGAAUAAAAGACCCAAAUCUUGUAAAAAGAAGAUAGCAAGAUCCAUGGAUAUUACACCCCUGCAAAGAAAGGAAAGUCAUUGGAGUCAUUUCUGUUUUUAAGAGAGACGUAAAUAGCAAUGGCCAAUUGAUGGCUACAUAUUUUAAACGCCAGUGGUCAUUUCAAAUGAUCUUUUGAACUUCUCUCUCAAGUAGAUUUUUAAAAUAUGUGGCUGGAGAAUUGUCUUAAAGGAUUCAUGAUGACAGGCAGGUAGGCACUGGUUAAAAAGUAUGAGCUAGGGAAAAGUUAUGUUUCAUCACACGAAUGGUGACACCUAUGUCUACUCAGUUCAUUAAGCAAACAGUAAAAGUGGAAGAAAAAUGUCCUUGGUAUGAAUGCAGAUGUGUGAGAUAAAGGUAAAAUCAUGAAAUAGAAAAAUGUAUACUGUUAUACCUUUGUCCAUUCUAGAGAUUAAUAUUUGGGUGUCAGUUUAAUGUGAAAUGCUGUUAUGGUAGUUGUAAAAAAUUGGGGAAAAAAGAAACUUUCUACCGCUGCUUCUGCCAAACUCUUGUCCUAGUUAAUAGAACCUUGUUGUCUUGCCAGUUAUGUAAGGUAAUGAGAAGCAAACUGAAUUGGCACAUCAUUAAAGUGAAAAGAAGGGAAGAUUUAAGAAACUUGAGUGGUGAUAAAAAGUGCUUUAAUCCAUACCUUUUCUUCUUGGAAUUUUGUUUCAAUGUGGCUAUUGUAAAAUAUAGUUUUCACUUUAUCACAAAGAAUACUCAGACGUUUUCUCAGAUUAAUGGACUAUCUCAUCAAGAAAGAGCAAAGAAACCUACACAUACAACAUAUGCUACACACAACCUAAAUAGAAAACCAUUAUCUUUUUCAUUUACAUACUUCAGAGCAGACACUUCUUCUAUAUUUAUUUCUUUGGGAACAAUUAUAUAAUAACGUACUAACAAUUUUUAAUAUAUUUCUUUUUAAUAUUGUUUUUAUCUCUGAAUCAUCAACUAUACAACAAAGGCUACUAGGUGUUAGACAUGAGAUUAGAAGCUACACCUAGGGUCUUUUAAAGGAUACAUUAAUUAAAUUUUUAUUAGUCUUUUUUAGCUUUGAAACAUAAAAGAGAAACCAAGUUCAAAUUGUUAAGAGGAAAGAUAAUGUAUACAAUAGACAGUGUAGCUGUCUGUUCAAUAAAGUUUCCAAACAUCUUACCUAUGAUCUCUCCCCCCCUUUCUUCUCCUGUCCCCCACCCCAUAUAUCCCUCUUCCUUUUAAACGCUCCCUUCUCCUCUCUUUCUACUGUUUUUUAACGAAACAGACAUGUCCUCAGUACGCACAUGAUGAAGAUGGCCUGGGGUAGGUUGCUAUUGAUAUUGCUGGUUAUGAUCUUUUCUUUGUUUUCCUGAAAAAAUACCCUUUCCUGGUGUCACAUUUGCUCAGACUCUAUACCUUAGACAAAUAUGAACAUACCAGUCCAAUCUAUUACAAUCAUUGAAAGAAGUAACCAAAAGCAUAAAA